AUGAGUGACAACAGCAACAAACCCGCUGGCGGUCCUACGCCCGCUACACCCCCAACAGAUAGCACAAGUGAAAUUCCUGAUCAAGGUAAUAGUGGGGGUAACAACCAAAACGACAAGGACGACCAGCACGACCAGCACGACCAGGACGACCAGGACGACAAAGGAGAUACUACUCUAGACAAAGGAAAAGUCACGGUGACUCUUUAUAAGGUCUUCAAAAACAAAAACCAAGACAAAGACAACAGAAAAGAACCAAAAGAGUCGUCUGUCUUUACUUACGAAAAGGACGAAUUCUUGGGCGGAACGCUCAGUAGCUUCCUGAAGGCCAUUGUCGAAGAGAAACAUUUGGGCAAAUCCUAG